AUGGGGGGCCUCCGAGCUGAGUUUGGCGGUCCCCAGAUCGAGCCCCACAUCCCCCUUGAGGGUUCGCUCCUGCUGACGUGCGAGGCCGCGCUUGCCAAUCGAUCUGACCUAUGUUUGCGUGCGUUUGUUGCUAAAGUCGAUUCCGUGGUUACUAGGGUUUCCUAUUACCAUCCUGUUGCCCUCGUUUUUCAUCUGCCCGAAGAGGUCGAGAUGGAAACUGGUGUGGAUUUCAAUCUGUGGAAUCCUCCAUUGCCACAGAUGAGUCUCCUCUAUGGGCAUCUGACAGAAGAAGAGAGGAAAAAAGCACAAGAAAAAGUUUAUAUUUUGGAUGAGAGCAUUACUGGCUUGAGUUUCCCAGUAACUCACAUUGUAUUGUACCAAACUAAUUACAAAGAUAAAACUCUCAGAUCUUGGGAGAAGAUUGCUGAAUACCGCCUCCAUUUCAAUAAUUAG